UUGGCAUAAAGAGCUCAGAAUCAUAAGAAGGAAACUAACCCUUAAGAUGAACCUCUCCUGUAAAAUUGUAGCCAGCUUACUUCUGAUUUUCAACUUUUCUACCAAAGAUGCAGUCCUCAGUGAGACCGGGAAUGCCAAGGAAGUCUGGGGUGUCUUGGAUCAGGAAAUCAACUUGGACAUUCCUAAUUUUCGAAUGAAUAAUGACAUUGAUGAUAUACAUUGGGAAAAAGGAAAGCCAAACAAGACCAGGGUUGCACGACUCAAAAAAGACAAGCCACCUUUUGUUCUAAAUGAAGCAUAUGUGGUAUUAGCCAAUGGAACUCUGAAAAUUAAGCCUCUGAAGAAAUAUUCCGGUGGUACCUACAAGGUAUCAGUAUACAAUACAGAAGGGAGAUUCGUGCGAGAAGAAACAUUUGAUUUGAAGAUUGGAGAGUUGGUCUCAAAACCAGAGAUCUCCUGGGAUUGUAUCAACAAAACUUUGACCUGCGAGGUAAUGAAGGGAACUGACCCUGAAUUAAAGCUAUAUCGAAAUCAGAAACAUUUCCUGACAAGUAUUCAGAGGAUCAUCGUACACAAGUGGACCACCAGACCGCAUGGGAAGUUCAAGUGCACAGCAAAGAACAGAUUCGGCGAGGAAUCCAGUGAGAAAGCCGACAUCUGUCUGGAGAAAGGUCUGGACAUCUAUCUCAUCGCUGGCAUUUGUGCAGGAGGCACCCUCUUCUUGAUCUUUGUGGCCCUGCUCAUUUUCUAUAUCAGCAAGAGGAAAAAGCAGAACCGCAGGAGAAACAGUUUUGUUGUUGCAGAUGAGGAGCUGGAGAUUAGAGUCCACAGAGUAACUACUGAAGAAAGGAGCCAGAAGCCCCACCAAGUGCCAGCCUCUAUGCCUCAAAACCCUGCGGCUUCCCAAGCACCUCCACCACCUAGUCAUCGUUCCCAGGCACCGGGUCAUCGUCCUCUGCCUCCUGGUCACCGCGGCCAGCACCAGCCUCAGAGGAGGCCCCCUCCUUCGUCGGGCGCACAAGUUCCUCAGCAUAAAGGCCCACCCCUCCCCAGACCUCGAGUUCAACCGAAACCUCCCCGCGGUGCUGCAGGACACACGUCCCCUUCCUCUAAUUAAAAAGCAUAGAGACCUUUCUUUCCGGUAAAAGGCACCGUGGAUUUCUCCAGCCCGGGGGUGCACAUCCGCACUUCCAUCGGGUGUUUUCUACGAGCGGAACAUCAUCGCCUCCCGAUGCUCGUGGACCAUAGCUACCUCUGCACCUUGCGACCCAGCAUGUGGUCCACAUCUGGGAGGGAGAAACAAUAAACAUGUGGCCGUGAGGAUGAUGGGAGACGGAACACAAAAAUCUUAGCGCUCUCUUGUCUCCCUCUCAGCUCACGUGCAGAUGAGCUAAGCCAGGUGGCGGCUGUGCCCAGGUCUCCCUGCAAGCAGCCUGAGGGACUCUCAGGUUUCUUGUGUGCCCUGGUGGACACAUGCCCACCGUCCUGUGAAUAGAAGUGAAAUAAAGGCUUUGACUUGA